AGAAGGAACCCGUGUCAUGCGGGAUGGGAAACAUGAACAUGACAGCCACGCUUCCACGUGUUCUCCAAACAGCCAAUUAACACUAGCUAAUUUACCUCUCCUCAGUAUUCACCCACUCUUAUCUCCUCGUCUCUUCUGUUUGCCUACAGAUUCUGAAGUAAAGAAAAGAAGCUUAGGUGCUGGAAAAAUGUCCCUGCAUGCGCUAACAAGGAUUCAGGCCGCAAACCCUACACCACCACCUUCUAUUUUAGCUCCUGUUCGCAGUAAUGCUGGGCUCAGGGCACCAUCCGAUCGUUUUGCUCUGAAAUCUUCCUUCUUUUCCCCAUCGCUCCACCUCUUCGUUGCUUCCAAUCAACAUCAGCGGCCUAUUGCAUCUGCAGCUCCAAGAUUCUCCAUGCGUGUUGCCUCCAAGCAAGCCUAUAUUUGUCGCGAUUGCGGGUAUAUUUACAAUGAAAGGACUCCCUUCGAGAAACUGCCUGACAAGUACUUCUGCCCUGUUUGUGGUGCUCCUAAAAGGAGAUUUAGACCAUAUGCACCUUCUGUGACCAAAAAUGCUAAUGAAACUGAUGUUAGAAAAGCACGCAAAGCUGAAAUCCAGAGAGAUGAAGCAAUUGGGCGGGCAUUGCCAAUUGCAAUUGUGGUUGGAGUUGCAGCCCUUGCUGGUUUAUAUUUCUACCUCAAUAGCAGCUUCCAAGGUUGAACGGUGGCAAUUCCACAGAAACCAUGGCAGAAGAAUGUUGUCAUGUGAAUGCUUUGUUCACAGAACAGAGCAGUUCUUUUAAUUUUGUUAUAUUUGGGGAACGCCUAUUCAAUGUUAUUCUUUUCCUCCA